UCUGAUGGCAGGCCUUGGAGACCCACCUUGGUUUCAGUCAGAAUCUAAGAUUCAGUUGUAAGCACAGACAUCGUGUGUGUCAAGUAGCUGUACACCCUUCCAAGUCCCAGAUCAAAUCUCUGUCACCCUGGGACCCAAUGCCAAGCACAGGCUGGUGAACACUAGGUAAACCAGAGUGGGGAGAUUGAAGAGAUCAUAACACGCUUCCAACCACCACUGAUGCUCCUGCACAACAGGAGUCUCCAUGAGCUCCUUCUAGAAAGAUGGGCCCUCUGAUCUCUCCUGUAAUUUUCUUCCUAAUUGAGUUCCUGAACUGAGCAUUAAUGACUGUCCAAGUAGGGUGGUAGUCUUGCCUAUCUUUUGGAGAUAUUGUUACCAUGGUUCUUCAGCUCUGGACUCUGGUCUCUCUCACCUCUGAGAUAUCUUGUCCUUGCUAAACAGUCUGCUGAGGAACGACACAAAGAUACCUCUGUCUUUCCAUGUCUGGAGUUUUUGCUGAAAUCAAGGCAUCGGCCCUGGUGGCCCCACCUCUAUGAAUCACCCAGGAUCCCGGCCUCUCGAAAGCGCCAAAUACGCUUUCCUCCGUGGGGUGUAUGGAUUCCAUCCAUCACUCUCGUCCUGGUGUACAAUCCCACCUAUCUCACCAAACACCAGGGUGUCUGCUGGGGCCAAGCUGACUCUUUCGGCAACACCUCUUGAAGGCUGCUGACGUGUUCCCUGUGAUCUUUGGUGAAAAUAGACGUAUUUAACUGUCUGCUCGACUCAGGGCAGAGGACAUGGGGGUGAUGAUCUACCAGGGCCGGGUCGAUGUCUGACUAGACGUUUCUGAAUUUGUCUGCAGAAAGUCAUGAAGACGAGGAGUAUGUGGAAGAGAGAGAACCACUGUCCAAAAUGAACGACCAGGGGAGGGUAAAGGACAGGGAGUUUGAUUUUCUAAUUCGAGUUCAGGCACGAGAGCUGACCCAGUUACGCCUAAAGACACGGGAAGGAAGAGAGCUAUCCGUCCUGCUUAAUCAGAACCUCAAGGAGCUCCUGGGCCGCAGUGACCUUAACAACCUCCGGGGGCAGGCCUUCCAAGAGCAAUUGGCUGAGGGAUGCAGGCUGUCCCAGGCCCUUGUCAGCAAGCUCGGCCAAGAAAACCACGAAGAGGAGGCUGAAGAACAACUGGGAUCACUGACCCCCAGGAAAUACCAUUUCCUCAUUCAUGAUCAUGCACGAAAGCUGACCCGGAUACGCCAGACGUCACGGGAAGGAAGAGAGCUCUCUGUCCUCCUCCAUCAGCACCUCAGGGACCUCCUCACCCACAGUGACAUUGGCAGAGACUGGGGACAGGGCUUACAAGAACAACUGGCUGAGGGAUCCAGGCUGGCAGAGCGCCUUGUCUGCAAGCUUAGCCCAGGUAAGGCGGCCACAGGCCCUGAUUGCGCUGAGCCCCUCCAAGGUCCCUGGCUGACAAGAGCCUCGGCAUCUCCCGUCAUAAUGCUUUCGCCAGCUGUCCUGGUGUCCACAUCGCACUUGGAGCCAUGACAGGACCACGACUGGCUGGGUGGGAGCAGAGGGGAGAAAUGCACAGGGGGAUGUCAUAGUGCUCCAAGAGCCUGCUUCCUCCCUGAGGGACCGUGCCCUUUGGGGCAGGAGGCAGCCUCCACCUGGUGUCACAGCACACAAAGGAGGACGUGACGGGAGGCAGCUUGUUGAGCUAGAGCUCCUCGUGCUCUUGCCUGAGCUCUAGCUUUUAUAGCUACAGGCGAGUAUUUGAUUUCUCCUUCCUGGAUUUCCAUCUCCUCAUCUGUAAAAUGGGUCAAAAGAUGUGUUGCCUGGUAGCUGUAACUACUAAAGGAGGGAAUGCUCAUGAAUGUGCUUCAGAAAGGGAUCAUACUCCUAACUGUUUGGGGUUUAGUUAUAAUCCGAAAAUCUUGGGGCAGAUACGUUGAUUUGUAACAGAACACUUUCCACA